AUGGAUUCUGCCAAGGCUUCUGAUGACUAUAUUGGUUUAAACGUUGGUGGGAAGAUUUACCAAACAUCUUGUGCCACCCUGAUGCGGUAUUCGAACAAUUUCUUUGGUUCUAUGUUAGAAGGAAGUGCCCCGCCUCCCAAGGAUGAUCAGGGAAACUUCUUGAUCGAUCGAGAUGGUGAAAUGUUUCGCCAUGUUCUCAACUUCUUGAGGUACGGGAGGAUGGUGCUUCCGGAAGAGUUUAGUGAUUUCCAUCUGCUCGAACGCGAGGCAGAUUUCUUCUUGCUUGGGGAACUCAAGAUGGCGUUGAAAGACAUGAAAAGAGCCAAUGGGGACGUUGGUUUGAAUGUUGGUGGUAAGAUCUACAGGACAUCGAGGGUCACUUUAACGAGUGUUCCGAACAGUUUAUUCCAGGACAUGCUACAUCGUUACCCGCAUUCUAAAGAUGACCAAGGGAACUACCUCAUCGACCAAGAUGGUGAGAUAUUUCGCCAUGUUCUCAAUUUCCUAAGGUAUGGAGAACUCGUGCUACCGGAAGGAUUCAACGAGUUCGAUUUGCUUGAACGGGAGGCGGAAUUCUUUAAGUUAGAGGAGCUUCAGAAGAUGGUGAUGGGGAAACGGGUGAGAAUGGUUGGUUACGUGAUCAACGGUCAGGUAUUCAAGCUGCGUCGGGAAGAUGUUCUGAGAGAGAAAGAUUCGCUCUUCGCCACCAUGUUGGGUGGUGAGUUCCAAGUCCCCACGGACCCUCAAGGGAACUACAUCAUAGAGAGGUCCGUUGAUGCGGUACACUACUUAAUUCACUACAUCAAACAUGGCGGAAUCUUCAAGGACAUGACAUAUGACGAAGUAAAGCGUCUAAAGAGUGAGGCCGAAAUGUUCAGGCUGUGUGCAUUGAAGACGUUACAUCUGAAAAGCAUUGAGACCGUCCAAGCUCAAGGAAAAAGAGAAGCCGAUAGCAUAUUCCUUCAUAUAAUAUUUGAUCAUCGUCAGAGCGCCCGCUGUGUCCAUGAACCUUGCGUUGUCUACACCAACAAGUCGCCAUCUUUCUUCGGUACUAACGCCGAUGGUCAUCUCAUUCGCGAUUUCUUUCGCGACGGCAAGGUUACUCAAUGUGCAAUAGGGAGUAGCAGUAUGACUGUUGGACAAGUAGAUGUGCAGAAAAUAAAACAAGGAGAUGGGCGAAUUGAACUGCAGGAUUUUGUUUCCUAUUUUUCCACCAGAAUGCCCGGCAGUGUUGAUACACUUGGUAGUUGUGGUUAUUUCACGUUACUAAAAGUUACCAUUCUUCUCAAUUCUACCUAGAAGUUGCGAUCACUCAGUUAACGUCCUUAGGACCAGCAUCCUACUAAAAUCAUCCUAAUUUCCUUCAGAAGCAUCUCUCUCUCUCUCUCCCUUAAUUUUAUUGAAUAAUUAGUCUAAAGUACGUUUGUAUUGUUAUGGCAACGCCAUCACAACUAAGCUCAUGCUUUCAUAAAUUUCGCAAUCUCCCUUCACGUUUGUAAAUGUGAUAUCAUUCUGUAUUCAUUAAAUUAUAGGAAGGUAAUAAAUGUCUUUUGAAUCUGAAAUCUGAAUCUGAAUUUACAAACAGAAUCCUUCUUCAGAUUGUGUUUUACCCAGUGGCACAUUCAGCAUGGUGUGAACUGGCUAUUCACCUAAAGAGUCCUUCCGUUUAAAGAUGAUAAUAAUAAUUGAGGAAAAAUAAAUGAAUUGA